UCGCGCAUGCUCAGUUGUUUUGUUUACAACACUGUCCUUGCCUGAGAUAGCGGAGGACUGCCUGACACAAGCGGACUCAAUAAACAGUUUAAGUUACCUUUCAGGGUAAAUUAUGUCUGUGAAACACGCUAUUAGCCGGGGGCUCGAGUUAGGCCGCUCGGUCUUUCAGCUGGGUCUCCUGAAAUCGGGUGGCCGAGUCGCAGCAAAGCUCCGAGCUGACCGUUUCCGUGUAGGCCCGUCGGUCCGCACUGUUCAGCCUCAGGCUUUCCUGCCAUCUCGGUACCGCUAUUACCGCACCUCUUUGAAGGGCCUGGCAGCCCAGCUUCAGUCCGCCGGCUUCAGGAGAGGGUUUAGCGGCGGGUCCCCGCGAAACAGGGCCGUGUUUUUGGCUUUUGGCCUCGGUGUGGGGCUUAUCGAACAACAGCUUGAAGAUGACAGAAAUAGUGCGGCGACAUGUGAGGAGAUCCAGGCGGUGUUUAGGAAGAAAAGAUUCCAGAGCCCACUCAAGCCAUUCACCUCUGGAUAUAAACUGGAGGAUUAUAUUAUUGGGAAUCAGAUUGGUAAAGGCUCCAACGCUGCUGUGUACGAGGCUGCAGCUCGGUUUGCCCCUCCGAAGGAGAGUACCAGCAAGUGCUCCAUGGUGCAGCUGAGAGAAGAGGAAGAGGAAGGGGAGACGGCUCGAUCUUUGACAUGCUGCUCGCUAAGAACCUUCCCUAUGGCUGUCAAGAUGAUGUGGAACUUUGGGGCCGGGUCGUCAAGUGAGGCUAUAUUGAAAUCCAUGUCACAGGAGCUGGUGCCUGCAGGCCCCCUGGCCUUAAAGCAGGAAAAAGAAGAAAUCGCUCUGGAUGGACAGUUUGGAGUCCUGCCCAAACGAGUAUCAGCACACCCUAAUGUGAUCAGAGUGUACCGGGCUUUCACAGCGGAUGUCCCAUUGUUAGCAGGUGCCCAAGAAGAGUAUCCAGAUGUACUGCCAGCCAGGCUUAACCCUGCUGGUCUGGGCAACAAUCGCACUCUUUUCCUCGUCAUGAAGAACUACCCCGGCACGCUGCGACAGUACCUGGAAAUGUCCACACCAGGCCGCAGGCAGGGCUCUCUGAUGGUGCUACAGCUCCUGGAGGGGGUUGACCACCUGUGCAGACAGGGUGUUGCUCACAGGGAUCUCAAAUCGGACAACGUGCUGUUGGAGUUUGACUCAGAUGGUUGUCCUCGUUUAGUGAUUACUGACUUUGGCUGCUGCUUGGCUCAGAGUGACUGUAAGCUACAGCUGCCCUUCAACAGCAUGUGGGUCAACAGAGGAGGGAAUGCCUCCCUAAUGGCCCCUGAGGUGGCCACUGCAGUUCCAGGAUGGGGUGUGGUGAUCGACUACAGCAAGGCGGAUGCCUGGGCAGUGGGUGCCAUCUCCUAUGAGAUAUUCGGCCAGCCUAACCCAUUCUAUCGAGCAGUGGGACUGGAGAGCAGGAGUUACCAGGAGAAGCAGCUUCCUCCUCUGCCCUCCGGCAUUCCAGCUGAUGUGCAGUUAGUGAUCCAGUUACUCCUCAGGAGGAACCCAAGCAAGCGCCCCAGUGCCCGUGUGGCAGCUAACAUGCUACAUCUUAGCCUCUGGGGGCGGAAGGCCCUGGCCAACCAGGACAGCGUUGGCUUGAGGAAGGUGGCUGAUUGGCUGCUGUGCCAGUCUGCUGUGGUUCUCCUGAAGGGCUGUAGUGGACUCAGGGGGAACAUGGUGGAGGCGGAGCUUCAGAGGAGCUUCCUGUCUAACCUGGACCUGGAGGACCUGCGCACCGCUGUGGGCUUCCUACUGUACGGGCGAGAGCAGCGUCAGGCCUGCGUUCUGUCUGCAUAGAUCCGCUCUCACUUAUUCAGACAGAUAGCUUAAGUUUGAUAUGGAUAGACUGGGAGCCUUGCGUGGAUUUUCAGUUAGACAUUUUUUGUUGUAAUCUUUAUAGUCUUGGCCUUUUUAAAUCCAAUGGCUAUUAAGGCAAACUUCACUGACACUGUACUCUUACGCUGUUGUACGUCAUCUGUGACUGUCAGUGUAUUCCAGCAGUUAUUGUGAAUUAUCAAAUGGUGUAAUUCACCCC